AUGGUUGAUAGACGAAGUGAUUGUCCAGUGGAGGGAGAUUCUAGCUCAGAAAGUCUUCGUCAAUCCGGCAUUGCAUCUCGAUUAGGCGGACAUCCACGUGGCGUCAUCCAGUUCCUUCCAUCGGCGAAACAGACUGAAUUUUUCCCAACAGUGGACACGUACAACACGUAUAACAAAAAUAAGACGGUGGAUAAAAAAAGUUUACUGCGGCGAAAAACUUCUCUUCCAGAAAUAUAUGAUCAGAUGUGUAAUUCUAGUGAUAUUAUUCGACCGAAAACAGUGAGCAAUGCUUACAAGAGUGGUCGAUGGUCGUUUCGUAGUGACACUCCAAAUCUUCAAUAUUCAUCGAAAAAUGCUGAACUCAUAGAGCAAAAAGCGCCCAUAGACUCACUAACUGGUGUUAGUCGGUUCUCAAAACUACUGAAAUCAUUGCGUUCCUCCAGACAAAAUUCACCGGAACCUCAAACUUCCAACUCAUGGAAUCCUUCGGUUUAUACAAAAACUUCCAGUACCAUAACUAAUCCAAUGAUGCAAGCCGAUCUGCUACUUUGGAGCAAGCGUUCUCGAGCAUCGAUUCGAAGACAUAAUGAUGUCCGCAAUAUGGCUAUUAGAGAACUUUGUGAUACUGAAAGAACGUUCGUUGAAGAUUUGGAAUAUCUCAUUCAGAAGUACAUGCGACCUCUACGACAGCCACUGGAAUGCACUUUGAUAGAUCGCAUCCUGGCCGAUAAAAUUUUCUACAAAGUUCCAGAAAUCCUAAUUCACCAUCAGCAUUUUUUAGCGGCAUUGUGCGAUAGAUUGGAUACAUUUCAAACAGAUACGAGAAUCGGUGAUGUUCUUCUUUCCCAUCGAUGUCGAAGAGAUCAUCGGAACAAAUUGGACUUGGAUUCUUUGCUUAUUUCACCUAUACAACGAGUUCCACGUUAUGAAUUAAUUGUAAAGCAAAUAAUCAAGCAUACAUCAGUGGAGCAUGCUGAUUAUGAUAGCUUAUUACUGGCCCAAAAAUAUAUCCAUGAACUGGCAACCAAAAUUAAUCGUCAGAAGGAAGAAAGCGAAGAAAUGGAGCAGCGACUACGUGAAAUCGAAGCGAUUGUUGAUGGUCUCGAUGAUUUGGUAACAACUGGUCGAUCUUUCAAUCGUUAUGAUGUCGUAACUGUUCUGGGUACAACGCAAAAUAAACAGCGCUGUCUAUUUCUAAUGUCUGAUCAGAUUAUUGUAACAAAUGUGAGGAGGAAAUCAUCACCAUCGCAAGUAUUCCACUCAUCAGAUUUCUUAGAUAACAAUCGUUUCAAGCUACUUUUCAAGAUUUCACUGGAUGAUGUUGUAAUUGCCAAAGAUACUUUGUCACUACUGCAUACGGCUGAAAUGGAACUGCAAAAUGCGCAAGAAGAUAUAAAUAUUGUGAAUAAAAUGACCGAAUUGUCGAGAUUACUCAAGAAACCAAAUAUCGAAUUAGCGAAUAUGUUAGAUAAUCUGGAAACUGAAAUGAUGCGUCGAAAACGGGUUAUUCAGGAACAGCUGACAUCAGAUCCAUUACUAACCAUAGUGCAGCUGCAAGUCACAACAACAAAUGGUGUUGGCGUACUCGUAAUACAAUUCCCUAGUGCUGAUCGACGAGCUAUUUGGGAGAAUGCAUUGAUAAAAGCAAAAACUGCGCUAAAGAAUGAGAUGCAAAAUGAAGGAAGGUUAAACCACUUGAAAUCGAUUGUAACGCAUCGAACUCGUCCUGGACUUACGUUUUCUGUAGCAUCGGCAACCUUCGGGAAGAGUGCAGAAGGAGCACCCAAUGUUUGGGUCUGUGCAUCAGAUAAAUUUUCCGGUCAAGUUGCUGUAGUAAAUGUAAACGGUGAACCAACUAUAGAAAGCACUACAAGCAUUGGUAAUGCAGCCAUUGUUGCAAUCUGCUCCGUACCCGCCCCAAGCAAUUCAUCGGAAUCGGGCGAAUCGGAUUUGGAAACAGCUCGACGAAAUGUACAAUCUACUGUCUGGAUUGGCAAUGAAGAUGGCGAAAUAUUCGUUUUCAAUCUUUUGGAUAAUGUUCGAUUGAAAGCCUAUGAAAGGUUGGCCAGACUUCCGAUGCCUGUGGAUGACAUCGUUUAUUUAGAAGAAAAAGUUUUCGUUUCGAUCUCAUCAAACUCACACAUUCAACUACUACAUUUCCAAAGAAAUAAAGAAGGUAAAUGGGAUUUGGAGAAUCCGAAAUCAGUCCAAAUAAAUUUUCGCAGACGUUUGAGGCCUAUGAGUGUUGCGGCUUCAAGACUUUGUUUUGCGUCUGGCAAUUCAGUUUACCUAUUGAAUGCUUCAACCCUGCAAAUUGAGAAACACGCAGCAGUAAGUACAAGUGCAAUGGAGACAGUAGCUUGCUUAGCUGUACUCGGUUCAACAAUUUUUGUGGCCAUGAAUAAAUCAUCGAUUGUUAAAGUAAUCAGUGCGUUUACUUUGGUCUGCCAACAGGAGUUUAGUAUUUCACAUGUGGUCAAUAAGGCAUUGUCGAGUAGUGAAGAUAUCAUUCGCAAACAUAAGAUGGGAUGCUUGAGGAUAACAUCACUUCUAUGUUGUAACAAUUGUCUUUGGAUCGGUACUUCUGCUGGUAUCGUUAUCAAUACACUCAUUCCAAAUAAUAAAAUGUUAAAUUGGACACCUUCCUUAAAUGUAUGCCAAGCGGGACAUAUCGGACCUUGUAGAUUUCUGACCGCUGUUUCGGCUACAGCAAUACCCGCAUUUGAUUUACGACGUCGGCGAAUGUCACUCAGUGCUCCUCCAUUACAACAAAUUGAGCAGAUGUUCAUAGUAAGUGGUGGUGAAGGAUUCGACGGUGGUGCUGCGCAAGUUGAUGGUGAAAAACGUGAGGUUGAUGACGCGUUAAACUAUCUGUUAUUUUGGUCUGCUUAAAUACUUCUAGGAUAAUCAGAUU